CUCAACCCAUCACAGUCGCCAUUAACCGACCGACGAAGAUCGAUCCAUUGAGACUAUUAUAUCUUCGUGGUCCUCACUUUUUUCUCUGGAAAUUUCUUCUCACUAUCUUUCUGCCUCUACAUCUUACCUCUCUCACAAGCUUCUUCGUUGUCUGAGAAAGCUUUACGAGUACAACUGUCUCAAUAAAUUACUCCCGUCCACAUCAUACCCCUCACUUCUAGUAUAUACCUACCACCUUAACACCACACGCAGUCAAAAAUGCCUAUCCCCGUGCCAAAAGCAACCGAGUUGAAGGACCUCUUCUCCCUAAAGGGCAAAGUGGUCAUUGUCACCGGCGCCUCCGGCCCGACUGGCAUCGGCACUGAAGCCGCGCGUGGCUGCGCCGAAAUGGGCGCCGACGUCGCCAUCACCUACUCGUCCCGCCGUGAGGGAGGCGAGAAGAACGCCAAAGAGCUGUCCGAAAAGUACGGCGUCAAGUCCAAGCCCUACAAGUGCAACGUCGGCAGCUACGCCGAGGUCGAGCAGUUGGUCAAGGACGUCGUCGCCGACUUCGGCAAGGUCGACGUCUUCAUCGCCAAUGCCGGCCGCACCGCCGACGCCGGCAUCCUCGACGCCCCUGUGAGCCAGUGGGAAGAGGUCAUCCAGACCGACUUGACCGGUGUCUAUCAUUGCGCGAGAGCGGUUGGCCUGCACUUCCGUGAACGCAAGACGGGCAGCUUCGUCAUCACGGCCAGCAUGUCUGGACACAUUGCCAACUACCCGCAGGAACAGACAUCCUACAACGUCGCCAAAGCCGGCUGCAUCCACUUGGCACGCAGUCUCGCCAACGAAUGGCGGGACUUCGCCCGCGUCAACUCCAUUUCCCCCGGCUACAUCGACACCGGCCUGUCCGACUUCGUGCCCCAAGACAUCCAGCAGCUCUGGCACAGCAUGAUCCCCAUGGGCCGUGACGCCAAGGCCACCGAGCUGAAGGGCGCCUUCGUCUACCUCGCCAGCGACGCGAGCUCCUACACCACCGGUGCCGACAUCGUCAUCGAUGGCGGGUACACUGCUAGGUAAAAAAAGAGGGGCAGCCACACAAAAAAGCAGCAGGAGGUCGUGACAUUCAUUACCAGGGCGAAGGGGGGAAGAAACAACUGAAAAGGAGAUAAGAGCUGUCACAGGGAGUUAUGGCUGCUGCCAUGGUGAUGCAUGUGGUGAUAUGCUAAAGUAUGAGGAACGGGAAAAGGUGCAGGCACAAUGAGAUGUGCUGUGCUGUGUUGUGACGUGGUCGAGUAGAUCAUUGCUGCCAGACGGGCAAAUCCACUUUUGAUGGUCCGCUGGCUGGCAUGAUUGAUUGAUCGAGUCCCCCCUUAAAUGGAUGGUCCGAUGUCAUUGCUGAUAUAGAAAAUGAAGAAGUGGCAAUCAAAGUCCAUGAAUCUUGACUGCGAACGCAUUUCGUUAGUAUCGUUCUCAGUUUCUGUAGAACGCCACUCAUUCGUAUGGUGGCCGAGGCUGCUGAUCUACAAUUGAUGCGAUGUAGCUGGUCAAAAGAUGUUUGUCCG